AUGAGGAACGCAGGUGCAUUAAGCCAGCCAGGAAUUGUUCUUCUUUUGGUCACAUGUCCUUUGCUGAAUGUUUUGCGUGGAGUUUCCUGCAAGGCUGAAAGUGGACACCUGGGGCACUCUGAUCCUGACAGGUGUAUGAGACAUCAUUUUGUUGAGACCAUCACACAUCCCAUUUACAAGUGCAGUUCCAAGAUGGUCUUGCUGGCUCGUUGUGAGGGUCACUGCAGCCACACAUCUCGUUCGGACCCUCUCAUCUCCUUCAGCUCAGUUCUUAAGCAGCCAUUUAAAAGUACUUGCUUCUGUUGUCGCCCACACACCUCCAAACUAAAAGCAGUACGUCUAAGAUGCUCGGAUGGAACUCGAAUAACUGCCACCUACCGGUACAUUCUGGCAUGCAGCUGUGAUAAAUGCAACUGA